UGUGUGUGAGUGUGUGUGUGUGUGUGUGUGUGUGAGAGAGUGUGUGUGUUUGUGAGUGUGACAGUUGUCGAGCUGCAGCUGCUGGUUCUUGGUGAUUUAUUUAGAAACGACUGAGGCUCAGUCGUCAGCUGUGAACGAACCACGAGCCAAAAACCAGAACCAGAGGAGGACACUGCAGACCGGGACAGACCGGGACACAGAUUCCUGAAAGUUCUGGAUUGACCCGGAGAGUCUCCAGGACUCCUGCAGGACGGACCGAGGACAUGGACGGACUGUGGUCCUGAACCCGUUGGAGUUUAAAGGAACAGUCGACAUGUUGGAGACUCACAUCAACAACACACACUCAGAGCCUGUAGGUCAGAGGUCACAGAAGGUCAGGUGAUGUUCAUGACGGCAGAGCGGCGCUGGUUUCUGUGAACCUGCCCCGGAUUCAGUCUGAUGAUGGAGCCCAGUUCUGCUGUCACAGCGUUACCAUGGAAACACUGCAUCCACCUGACUGUGCUGCUGGUCCAGCUGAGUUUACCUGAAGCUGCAGCUUCCUGUCACAUCCUGAGGUGUAACUCUGACUUCGUGGCGGCGACACUCGACCUGGGCAGCGGCGGCGGCAUUGGGGGCGGAGUCGCGGUUGGAGGAGGCAGAGCAGCUCUGAGCAGGGAGGCGGUGAAUGCAGGUUACUGUGGCGCCCUGCGCUCUUACGCCACGUGCACAAAGCGCAUGGCGCGGGCGUGUCGUGGCAACCUGGCAUACCACUCUGCUGUUCAGGGCAUCGAGGACCUCCUGCUCCAGCACCACUGCCCCCGGGCGGGGCCCACGGCCCAGCCCCGCCCCCUCCCUCAGGGCACGCUGUCGGGAGACGCCUGCCUCUACGAGCGGAGCUUCGUGAGCCGAGAAGGUCGGACACCGGAGUACCUGCACUGCGGUGUGUUCGGGGACCCGCACGUCCGGACCUUCAGCGACCACUUCCACACGUGUGCCGUGCAGGGGGCGUGGCCUCUCGUAGAUAAUGAGUACCUGUACAUACAGGCCACCAGCUCGCCGACGGGGGGCGGCUCACACGGCACGGCGCUUACGAAGAUCACCAUCAUCUUUAAGAACAUGCGUCAGUGUGUCGAGGAGCAGCUGUACCAGGCCGAGCUGGACGACGUCCCUGCGGCGUUCGCUGACGGCUCAGUGUCGAGCGGCGAGCGGCAGGGCCACCGCAGCCUGACGGUACGGAGUCAGAGUCCCGGCCGACACGCAGAGAUCCGAGCGGCUCACAUCGGCACACUGCUGGUGGUGCGUCAGAGCGGCCGGACGCUCGGCCUGUCGGUCCGGACGCCGCGUGGGGUCACGGAGGCCUUCGGCCCUGAGCAGGACCUGCAGCUGUGUGUGUGGGGCUGCCCCCCCUCCCAGAGACUCAACACGCUCCGCCCACCACCGCCGCCGGACUCCUCGCCGCCUCCCGCCGCCCACGCCCACUGCGCUGCUCUGCUUCCUGCCCGAGACGUCUACUACCAGGCCUGUGUGUUCGACCUGAUCACCAGCGGAGACCUGAACUCCAGCGCGGCCGCCGUCAGUGCUCUGCAGGACGCUACAAGCCUGAUGAUGUCAGAGCGGGACAGAGUUCACCUGCUGCUGGUCGCCGCCGCCCAGACACGUCCAGCACAACCACACCUCACACUGCUGCUGCUCGGCAUGCUGGGAACUCUGACCAGAUGACAUCACUCCACUCUGACAUCAUGAGCACAGACACACACACACAUGGUUCUAACUUACAUGUGGAACCUUUAUAUGGAACUGAAGCAGCAGCUGAAAGAACAGAAUGAAAACAGAUUCUCCUGUGUGUGUGUGUGUGUGUGUGUGUGUGUGUGUGUGUGUGUGUGUGUGUGUUUGUCUUCUUCUUCUUCUUCUCUGAGGUGAAACAGUCAUUUUCAUCCAAAUGUCAUAAAUGUUCAACACAUUUUCAGAAAUGCUGGUCAAUAAAAUGUGAAUAUUAAAUAUA